UACCUGUCACAUGAUCUUUCCCUGGGCAACGCCAUGUCCGACAACGAAAUCAUUUCUGGCGCGCCGUUGAGGAAAAGACGGGAAGCUAGGCAAGGACGAAGGGCUGCAAUUGGCGGACAAAGCGGGUUUGUUGGAGAUGACGAUGCUCAUAGAGUAGAGGAAAGAGAAAAGGAUGGGCCACCACAACUUCGAAAGACAGGAGGUUGGGCUAGCGAGACAACAAGCGAGCGAAAACCAAAACGGCAGGACAAAUUGGAGGUGCUGGACUCUGACAAUGACAGACUGAAUGUCGAUUCAGAUGACGACAUCGUAACAAUUCCUGAUCUCGAUGAAGUUCAAGAGGAAGAACUAAUAACACAAAUGGCAGCUCCUCCGAGCAUUCAAGUCACUCGAUUGGACACAUUCAAGAAGUUGGACACAGACCUAUACAAGCAUGCCGGUCUUUCCACUCUGGAUGGAGAAAUCGACUUGAAGCUGUUGACGAAAGUACUCACACCAGAGUCAGACGUCAAAGAGGACGAUGUACUAUGGGAAUGGGAUAGGUUGUUUACCGAGGUCUCGUCUGAAUUACAGAAAGAAGUUGCAGGCAUGGGUUCACGAGUCAGUUCAGCAAGCCCAAUGAGUCAACAGUAGCACGGUAUUACUGAUGGACUUGCUUUAGGACAUCUCAGUAUAUACAGUGUACUCUAAAUAACCAAUAGGUAGCAUCUAUAGUGUACAUGAAACACAUACUGUUCAUAUUUCUAAUAGAAACGAUGAGUCUAGUAAAGAAAUUCCCCGGAUA